CGUCCCCGCGGAGUGAAGGAAGCGCGCUUCGUCUGGGACGGUGUGUCCCUCUGCAGCCGCCGUAGAGAGGAGGGACAAUCCCAUCCAACAUGGUGCUGGAGAAGAAAGGAUCCGCUCGGGUGGAGGCUGGUCAGCGCAGAGUCUUGGAUGAAGCCACCAGACAGAGGAGGUUGACUCGACAGCUGGAGGCUCUGGAGAAAGACAACUUCCAGGACGACCCUCUGUCCUCCCUCCCUCCACCAGGUCCGACCGCCCGUCUUCCUGCCUUCAGUGAGACAGAAGAACCAGUGUGUCUCCGUCGUCUUCGUCUGUCUCUGCGUCCAGAGAAGAAGAAGAGGAAGACGAGGGGCGACCACUUCAAACAGCGUUUCAGGAAAAACUUCACCACCCUGCUGGAGGAGGAGAACCUGUCCGAGAAGCCGGAGCCCAACUACCUGUCAGCGGCGGCCCCUCCCUCAUCGCUGCCCCCCCGUCACUUCUGCUGCGUCUGUGGUUUCCCCUCUCACUACACCUGCACCACCUGCGGGGGACGCUACUGCUGCAGCAGGUGUCUGUGCACACACAGAGAGACCAGGUGUUUGAAGUGGACGCUAUAACUCCGGCGUGGUGGUGGGACGUGUCUGUGAGAGCAGGUGGACACGUACACCUGUACAGGUAGACAGACGAAGAAACACUUCCUCUGUCGGCCAAUCAGAAGCUGCCCCGAGUCGACCUGCAGAAAAUUACCUGAACCAAACGUUUGAGUCACAUUUGAAGCGAAAAGCUGAGACGGACAAUGAGACGUUUUACAUUUGAAGACAGGGUCCUCUGAGCUGUGCACCCUCGUCUCCAUCAGCUGUUCUCGAUGUUCUGUCCACACCUGUUGUUGUUGUUGUUGUUGUUCUGUAAAUAAUAAACUUUUUCACAUCUGAGGAAAAAAA